GAUGAUCGGAGGAUCAGAAGCAGAGGUGGACCAGGUGGGAGCAGGAGCAGCGUGCGCACAGGUGAGGGCCCCGCCUCCUGCAGAGCUCGUCUGUGAUCUGUUUAGUUCUGGUUUCAGCAGAAAGAGUUCAGCCAGAGCAGCGAGCUGAGCUGAGGCUCCCCAGGAACAAGUGAGGAACACCUUCAGAGAAGAUCCAGCCAGCUGUGAGCCAACACAGAAGAAGAAGAAACAUCAGUGUGACAGGAUGAUCCGUUCGCUGCUGAUCUGCUGGGUCCUCCUCACUGCCACCAGCAGCGGGAAGCCAACAGAGAGGAAGACUCGGGUCAACCAGGAAGAACCACUCAGUCAGCUCCAACAUGACGACAACAAGAGCUUUGACUACGACCACGAGGCUUUCCUUGGACAGGAUGAGGCCAGAACCUUUGAUCACCUGUCUCCAGACGAGAGCAAACGCAGACUCGGCAUCAUUGUGGAUAAGAUCGACAGCAGCCACGAUGGGUUCGUCUCUGAGGAGGAGCUGAGGCUCUGGAUCAAGAACGUCCAGAACCGACACAUGUUGGAGAACGUGGAGCACCAGUGGAACGAAUUCGACCUGAACCGGGACGGCCUGAUCAGCUGGGAGGAGUACCGCAACGUCUCGUACGGCAGUUAUCUGGACGGUCCUCAGACGGAGACGGAGUACAACUACUCCCACAUGAUGGCGAGGGACGAGCGGCGCUUCAAAGUGGCAGACAGGGAUGGAGACGUGAGCGCAGACAGACAGGAGUUCAUGGCUUUCCUGCACCCAGAGAGCCAUGAAUACAUGAAGGACGUGGUGGUGCAGGAAACGAUGGAGGACAUAGACAAGAACGGAGACGGCUUCAUUGACCUGAACGAGUACAUUGGCGACAUGUUCAGCGCAGAGAAGGGGGCGCAGGAACCGGAGUGGGUGGCCACAGAACGCCAGCAGUUCUCAGAGUUCAGGGACAAGAACGGGGACGGCAAGAUGGACCGGGAGGAGACGCUGGACUGGAUCCUCCCAGCAGACUAUGACCACGCCGAGGCCGAGGCCAAACACCUGCUGUACGAGUCCGACACCGACAAGGACGGAAAACUGACCAAGGAGGAAGUUCUCAACAAGUUUGACCUGUUUGUGGGAAGUCAGGCCACCAAUUAUGGCGAGGUGCUGCUACGGCACGACGAGUUCUAGGAACCUCCUGAGUUCAUUAACCCUUUCUCUCUUUUCCUUUCUUUACACGUCCUGUUGCUGCAUUCAUGUACUUUAUCUGAAAACUCUGGACCUGUUGUCCUCAGCCUGACAACCCAUGGAUGGAUAAGGCUGUAGAGCCCGAAGUGAUCUAGUGUGCUUAAAGCGUUGGGCCAGACAUGGUGGGGGUGGGGGGGCUCCUGGGGCAGGGCAGCCCCUCCAGCAGCUGCUGGAUGCCACCACCUCUGCCUCUGGUGCUCAUCCUGGAUGUGGCAGCGAUUCCUGAGCCAAGCACCUUCCUCCAGCCUGGUCUUAGAGCUUUAAUGACUGAAAAACUAAAAUAACGUUUUAUAAAACCUACGGAGUCCAGCAUGUGUCAGCGGGUGAAAAAAAGAGUCAAGCAGGUGCAAAUCUGUGCGUUUCAGUUCAGGUUAGUCUGUGUCGUCUGCUGGGAGCUGGGCCUCAGCGUCUUCUCAGGGUAAACAAAUAAAGCCACAUUUCAGGCUGCUGAUUAAAACCAGGCAGCAUUUCACCUUAUGUGGAGCCAGAUUUCCACUGAACGUACCGCGCAGGUGUGAGCCAUGGUGUGAGCUAUGCGUCUAAACUCCAGACAGAAGUCACUAAUCUGCAGCUUGGCCUGCACAAACUGCAUGGCUUAUUAACCCAGGAGCACAGAUUUCCACCUGCUUUGUAUCUUUUCCACCUGCCGACUCCGGAUAAAACCUUUUUACACCAGUUUGCAGUCGGUCUCUGGUUUGGAUCUGCAGGCUUACAUUCAUCCCUUGCUGGUUAUUAACACUGACUGUAAGUAGAAAAUGUUGCUGCUGUGCAAAGAGUUGUCUUUUCACAGAAAUGAGGACAAACAGACAAGAAAUCGAAUACAUUUUUAUUUGAUUUUUGUUGCUUUUAUCUAAACAAAUGCCUUCUACAAUAAAAUAUCUGGUGUCUUAUAUAUAAA